UCAGGGAGCCUGGCCAUGGCUGGGGCGGGGCCGCAGCCGAGCAGCGCCAUGGCUCCAGCGCUGGGUUUGGGGCUGCUCUGGGGGCUCCUGGGGCUCCUGGGGGACCCGGGGGGCGCGAUCAAAGUUCUCCACUCCCUGCGUUACCUGCACGUGGCGGUGUCAGAGCCCAGCCCAGGGAUCCCCCAGUACAUGCAAAUGGGGUUCAUGGAUGGGAUCCCCUUUGUGCGCUACGACAGCGAGCAGGGCCGGCUGGAGCCGCUGACGCAGUGGAUGAAGGAUGGAGUCCAGCCAGGAUUUUGGGAGUGGCAGACCCGGAACAGUAUGAGGAACCAGCACAUGGAUGCCAAGAACCUGGAGACACUGCAGGAGCGAUACAACCAGAGCGGGGGUCUCCACACAAGGUUGCGAGUUUCCGGCUGUGACCUCCUGUCCGAUGGGAGCAUCCGUGGAUCCCACCGGAAUGCCUACAAUGGGCGGGAUUUAAUCUCCUUUGACCUGGAAUCCAGGAGAUUUGUGGCGGCCGACAGCGUUGGUGAGAUCAUCAGGAGGCGCUGGGAGCAGGAUGGGACCGUGGCUGAGUAUUGGAUGAAUUACUUGAAGCACGAAUGCCCCGAAUGGCUCCAGAAAUACAUCAGAUACAGGCAGAAGGAGCUGGAGCGCAAAGAGCCCCCUGAUGUCCAUGUGUCUGGAAAAGAGGAACACAGGACGCUGAUCCUGUCCUGCCACGCGUACGGAUUCUACCCUAAAACCAUCGCAGUCAGCUGGAUGAAGGGGGAUGAAACCUUGGAUCAGGAGACGGAGUGGGGCGGGAUCGUUCCCAACAGCGACGGCACCUUCCACACCUGGGCCAGGAUCGAGGCACUGCCGGAGGAGCGGGAGCAGUACCGGUGCAGGGUGGAGCAUCCCGGAAUGCCGGAGCCCGGGAUCUUCGCUUGGGAGCUGACAUCUGGUGGGAAUCUCACCAUGGUGGUCACUGUAUCCAUCAUCACUGCCAUCCUCAUCCUCAUUGUCCUCAUCGGAUUCGGCGUCUGGAAGCUCCAAUCCGGGAGGAGAGACAGGAAUGGAUACAACCCGGCAGCUGGAAGGGACAUGGGAACCAACAGCUUCAGCACAGGAAUCACUGCCUGAGUGAUCCAUGGAGCUGGAUCCGGCCCCUUCCCUCUUCCCAGGAAAGCUGAGAGCUGCCACCAGAGCUGAUCCUGCUGCUCCCACCCACCCCACAAGUCUUUCUAACGGAUUCAUUUCCAGUUUUCCAUUUCCCAGUGUUUUAAAGGCAAGAACCACAAAUAUUUACAAUGCUUUAGUUCUGGUGUGAAAUUAUCCUGCUUUGGGCAAUAAAUCUACUUGUGGCAAUAAAUCCUGCUUUGGGCAAUGUCCUGGAUUGUCACGCAAAUUGUAUUCUAUUUACCAUCUGUAUGGCAGUUGUUUUCUGUUAAGUAGGCAAUUUUCCUUAUCUCUUCUACAACCGGGGAGAUAUCUGUUGAUAACAGGCUAUUGAAUGUCACUGCCUGACUGAU